AUGGCAGAGCAAGAAGGGCAGUGCCAACACAGCCCUGAAUCUGGUGUAAGUCUGGAGCAGGUCGCAUUCCGAGCAGGACGAGUGUUGAGACUGCUCGGAAGACCUUUGCGGGUCACAGAACCAUGUGUGGGCCUGGGAGGCCUGCGAAGACUGUGUGAGUUGUCUCACAGUGAGCACUGCGAGACCCAGGCCUUUGACACAGAGGCUUCACUGGUAAGCUACUACAGAGGACUGGUCAAGCACAUUGGAGCAAGGGGCUUGGAUAGGAUGAAGCUUGGAAGCGACGGAGACAUCCUGAAGCUUCCAGUCGAGACUUUGCAGCCCUCAGAAGUUUUUGCAGCAGGGCCACCGUGCGGGCCGUGGGCAGCCACAGGGGCUCGAAUGGGGACAGCAGAUAGUCGAAGCGAUGUGAUGGACACAUGUGUGGCUUGGAUCAUAUUCCAGGCGUGGCAGGGCCAGCUUGUGGCAUUUGUGCUGGAGAACUCCCGCUUGCUCAAGGGAACCCAGUACCUGGAGGAGAUUUUGAGUCGUCUCCAGUUCUGUGUGCCUUUCUUCCGUAUCGAGGCACAGGUGCACAAUCUCAAGACGAUCUUCCCCCAUGACAGGGAGCGUUUGUGGAUCCGGGGGAUGCGCAGAGAUUGCCUGGGCCCGGAGGCAUCUUUACCAGUGCCACUCACUGCCAAAGACUUGGGAGGGCAUGUGGACAUCAGGACCUUGAUCGAGUCCACAGUGCCCCCAGUGGACCCUGCCUCAUUGAGCCACCGAAUGCGGUGCAACCUUGCUGCCUACAUCGCACGGAUUGAAAAAGAUGUGCUGGCAGGCAAAGCAGGGACCGUGGCCGUGGUGGAGCUAGACCGAAGUCCAUUGCGUGAUUACGGGAAGCAGGUUCUCUAUGAUCUGAUCCCACCCCUUCGCACUGCUGGCCCCAAGUUGUUCCUGCUCUUGUCAGGGGAGGUGAAGAACUGCUUGCCGUGGCAACAGCAGCGACUUCACAGGUUCGUGACCCCAGAGGAGCGCUUCAUGUUCCAAGGCCACAGCGGCCUGGCGUGUCGUAUGUUUGAUAACAAGACUGCCGCCUUGAAGGCAGCAGGGAACGCUUAUCAUCCCCUGCAUUUGGCUUCCAUGCUGUGCCCAAUGCUGGAGCAAGCAUACAUCUAUGGUGCUUUGCCAGAAGAACCGACCAGGCUGAGCACCCAGGAGCUGCACGAGUUGAUUCCUGCAGUGACACCCGGGGAGUCGUUUCAUAACCCUGCUGAGGCUGAAGGUUUCCCCAAUGUCUUCUGUCAAGAUGACAUCGAAGAGUGUGAGAGCAUGAUCAAGAAAGGCAAGCAAGCUUCAAGGAAGUUUGCAGCCUCAUGUGUGGACAAGAAGGGGUCUGAAAGCUCCAGUGUGCAUGGUGCAGGGCCAGCCAGUCACAGGGCAGGGUUGGACCUAAAAUCUGAAGUGAAGGCUGAAGUCAAGCAGGAGCCCAUGUGCAACCCAGCAAGGCCACAACAGCGAGGGUGCUGGCCCCAAGGCUCCCUGAAGAGAGGCUGCAAGGUCGUGAACUUGGCAAGUCCCCAAAGACGAGUCCGGGGCAAGUCGGUGCUGUACACUGACAGAACUGAUUGA